AUGUCUAUGGUGUUUUUGAGGGUUUCAUUGGUGGUAUUGGCGCAAAUGAUUCCAGCCCAACUGGUUGAUGCAUUGGAAAUGAUGGGGAAGGACUCAGAGCGAAGUGCUAGAUAUGGAUCUGGAAUUGUCCGGAAAUCACCACGUACCGGUAAACUUAGUUAUAUUCCGGAUGUAAAUAUAUCUAAAAGACCACAAGUUGGUAUGCGAUUUAGGACAGUUGAUGAAGCUUAUGCGUUCUACGAGAAUUAUGCCAAGUUGGGUGGUUUUACAAUUCGCAAGAACACACAAAAAAUGAUUAAAGGUAUUGUUACACUGAAGUACUUUACGUGUUCUAAGGAGGGGAAGAAAACAUAUCAGAAAAUUGACACAGUCAAUCAUAUGGAUGUGGAUAACGUAAAAGGUAAACAAUGUCGUACAAGGCCUUCUAUACCUACAGGUUGUCUUGCAAGUAUAAAGGUUCAGAGAUUGGACGAUAUGACCUACAAGAUUUACUCUUUUUACGAAGAGCAUAAUCAUACACUUGUGGAAGAGGGGGAUUAUCAGUUUUUGAGUGCUGCUAGAAAUUUGUCUGUUGUUCAAGAAGAUUUUAUUCAGAACUUGUCAAAGUUGUAUAUUGGACCUGUUCAAGCAUUCAACAUUAUGAGAACUCAUUAUGGUGGUUUUGAGGAAGUUGGCGCCACAGCAGUUGAUUGUAAGAACUUGAAGAGAGAUAUUAAUGCUUACAUUGGUAAACACGAUGCUGAAAUGGUUGUUUCUCGUUUGAUGGACAAGAAACGUUAUUUACCUGAUUUUUCAUGUGAGUAUCUCAAUGAUGAUAAAGGUGAGCUUCGUGGUCUGUUUUGGGCUGACGAAGAAAUGAAGCAUAAUUAUAUGCAAUUUGGGGAUGUUAUCGCAUUCGAUUCCACGUUUCGUUCAAAUAAAUAUGACAUGGUAUUUGUCCCUUUCACCGGCAUAGAUAAUCAUCACAAGAACAUUACCUUUGGUGCUGCUCUGUUAGCAUCAGAGACUGCUAAGUCAUAUAAUUGGUUAUUAUCGGCUUUUAAAAAAUGUUAUGGACGGGAACCACGUGUAGUUGUUACUGAUCAAGACCCCGCGAUGAAAAAGGCGAUACGGGAGGUUGGGCCGACGUUGAAGAAAGAUAAGUCUUUUAGACAACGCAUUUGUGACAUUGUUUGGACUGAUGCAAUUCAGCCGGAGGACUUUGAGGAAAAGUGGAAAGAAAUCAUGAGUGAUUUUCAUUUGACUGGAAACAAAUGGUUGUCCGAUAUGUAUGCAAUUAGGAAUGAUUGGAUCCCUGCUUAUUAUCGUCACGAGAACAUGUCAGGUUUGAUGCGAACAACAUCUCGUUCAGAGAGCGAGAAUCGUUUUUUUGGUCAAUUUAGAAGCAGUAGUCAUACCCUUGUUGAAUUCAUCAGUCAUUUUGAAACGGCAAUUGAGUCACAACGAUACAAGCACCGAAAAAAUGAUCACGACACAAGGAAUACAACUCCGGAUUGGGUUACGGAUUUAAAUUUUGAGAGAGAAGCUAAUGAAAUAUAUACCAGGAAUAUAUUUAACGAUCUUCAGCAUGAGUUACUCCUCGGUGUUACAGAAUCACACUCUAUGAACGUUGAACAAGUCGGUGAAUUUAUUAAGUUUUCAAUUAAGGAUUUAGAUGUUGAAGGUUCAGUUUUGCGUGAGGUGCUUUUUCGAGAAGAUGAUAUGGAAAUAAAAUGUAGCUGUGGUAGGUAUGAACAAUAUGGUGUGCUAUGUAGGCACAUUUUUUUGGUGCUAAAGAUGUCUAAGGUUGAAACUUUUCCCAAAAAAUAUGUUAUGAGAAGAUGGACGAGAGAUGCUGUCCCAAGGAAGACUGUUACGUCAGUUAAGGAGAACGCCGAAGCUAAUCAGACAGUGGACGGUGUUAAUAAAGUUGUACAUGAAAUUAUGAUUGGGACUGAGUAUAUUGUUGAUAAAUUGUCAAAGGACAUGGAGAAGCUGGCGUUGUAUAGAGAUAAAGUUAAAGGCGAUAUAGCUCAACUAGAUGAGAUUUGUGGGUCUUCUCAACCUAUACAGAAGAAGGACAGAAUUGCUACUUUGCUUGGGUUUAAGCAACCUGAUAAAGAUACUGUUCGAGCUCCGGUUGGUAUUAGAACUAAGGGGCGUGGUUUUAAAAAACGGAUUAAGUCUACUUUUGAGCAAGUUUCUACUAAACAGCCAAGGAAGCAAAGGACAUGUGGUAUAUGUGGUUCUCACGAGCACGACAAGCGUAAAUGUGAUAAAAAACCGGAAGCAAGUUGA